CGAUCCGCGCCUGCUCUCCCAGUUCUUCUUUGCUGAUGAGAGGGUGACGCGGGUGGUGGCCGAGAUCAACGGGCUGGAUGCCGAGCUGGACCCACAGCAGUACCUGGUGCUCCUCAACCAGCUCCACCUCAGCCAGGCGCACCUGCUGGCCAUCCUGGAGCGCAUCAUGGAGGAGUGCAUCCCCACACAGCGGCACAGCCGUGACUACCUAGUCAAGUUCCCCGAGGAGCUCUUGGUGGACAACCUGGGAAACCACAUGCUGUUUGCUGCCGAGUGUCUCCUGGCUGGGACCUUCCUGGAGGUGGAGGAGGCAGACGGGGCGCAGCUGCGUCCCCAGGCCAGGAACCUGCUGUGCAGCCUGGAGCUGGUGCGGACAGUGCUGCGGGAGCAGAGCCUGAGCCAGCCCAGCUCCUACCCAGAGCCCGUCCGGGCUGUGCUCAUCCAAUUUGACCGGCUCUUUGCAGAGUUUGAACUGAGCUAUGUGUCCUCACUCGUGGCAGUGAAGUCUCCUGAGGAGAUCUACAGGCAGCAGGAGAUCAUCGUGCUCUUUUGUGAGACAGUAGAAAGAGCCCUGCACAUGGGUUACCUGACCCAGGAGAUGAUCGAUGGCUACGAACCGCUGCUGAUGUUCACCAUCCCUCGCCUGGCCAUUAUCAGCGGCCUCCUUAUCUACCCUGAGGGUCCCCUCAGCCUGGAGCAGAGCCCUGAACAGAUGUCCCAGGUGUUCAGCCCCUUUUACAACCUCCUAAAGAAGAUCAGGGACCUGCUGCGGGUGCUGUCACCAGAGGAGCUCUGCCUGCUGGAGAGGAGCCUCUGCACAGCAGAAUCAGAGGACCCCUCCAGUCGGGCAACCCCUCCAGCUUGGGAGGCAGCUGUGCCCAGAGCAGAGCCCUCUGCUCCCUGGACUGUCCUGGAGGUCCCCCAUCCCACCUCACCGCCCCCCACCUGCAUGGUGCAGCUGGGACCCCCUGGUGCCGUGGAUGACCUGGGCAGUGACCGGCAGUGGGGCCCCCAGCCCCCCAGGAGCAGCCCAGGGCUCGAUGCCACCCUAAGUGCUCACUGCUGGGAGCUGCGCUCCCGCUACAGCAGCACCAAGGACAUGCUGCACACCCUCUUCGUCUGCAUUUCAGGGGUGGCUGACCAGCUCCAGACCAACUUUGCCAGUGACCUGAGGAGCAUCUUGAAAACCGUCUUCAAGAUUGUCGCCUCGCAGGCAGAGCCCUCAGAGGAGACAGGUGCCAGCCAGGAAGAGGAUCGUGACCUGUGUGCGGUGGAUGUUCCUCGUGUGGCCGACUGCCCCCUGUGCUCCAGCCCCACGGAGGCUGCUGGUCUCCGGAGGGCAGGUGCCCGUCGUCUGCCCGAGUGGGUGCCGGACAGCAGGUGCAGCCAGUGCUCUGCCUGCCGCUCGCCCUUCACCCUGCUGCGCCGCAGGCACCACUGCCGCAGCUGCGGGAAGAUCUUCUGUGCCCGCUGCUCGCCGCACACUGCAGCGCUCCCGCACUUGGGCCAGCUGAAACCCGUGCGUGUCUGCACGCACUGCUACGCCGCGCACCUCCCGCCUGUGCCCCAGCGCACCCGGAGCCAGUGAGAGCCCCCCCCCGUGCCAGAUCCACAUCCAUGGGAGGCUGCAGGCCGGGAUGACCCAGCUGCCUUGGGGCUGCCGCCUGGCUCCGUGGCUCCCGGACUCCCCUCAGGGCCGAGUGGGAGCAGCAGGACCCUGUGCUCAUGGCAGAAGGUGCCCCCACAAUCAGAGCAGCAGCACCCCACACAUGACAGCAGCCCCCGCCCUGUGCUGGCGGGGCCGGGGCUGCGGUGGGCGCAGGAUCGCCUCACCCGGUGCACCCUGCUCCCGGAGAGCGACCUGCCGCUGCCGUGCACCUGCCCCCCGGCUGGAAAUGUGCUUCGUGGUGGUUUGUUUUUUUUUUCAGGUGAACUUUGGCUGCUCUUGGGCCCGGGGCAGAGUCUCCCCCCGGGGCCUGGCCUGAGACGGUGCAAACAGCCCUCACAUGACGGCGGGUGCCCCGGGGCCGUGCCGAGCCGUGCCCGGGGGCUGGUCCUCACCCGCGGGGCCCGGCGCUCCCCUCCCCACCGCCCGGUGGCUUUUAAUAAAGAGUCGAACCCUCC